CGUUCUCUGUUUAAUACUCGGUCGUCUAUCUGAACGGAAGCGUUUUGGAGGAAAUUGUCUACGUAGUUCCGGCAUCUGGGCUGUCUUUGAGGGAAGUCUAUUGGCGAGAAUCCCAGAACGUUGAUUCGGUUCGGUGUGGUGAAAACAAUAAGCAAUCUAAGUAGCGGUCCGAUACCGAACCCAAAGACAGAGAUCCGGGGGGGAUUGAGAGGUACAGAAGAGUUGACAGCUAGAGGUCACAGAAGCCCAGAAAUGUCGUUCAUCUUUGAUUGGAUCUACAACAGCUUUAGCAGUGUGUUGCAGUUUCUAGGUUUAUACAAAAAGUCUGGAAAGCUUGUGUUCUUGGGUUUAGACAAUGCAGGAAAGACGACACUACUUCACAUGCUUAAAGAUGACCGACUGGGACAACAUGUUCCCACACUACAUCCAACAUCAGAGGAGCUAACUAUUGCAGGAAUGACGUUCACAACAUUUGACCUAGGAGGUCAUGCUCAAGCUCGCAGAGUUUGGAAGAAUUACUUACCAGCCAUUAAUGGAAUUGUGUUUCUGGUAGACUGCGCAGAUCACAGUCGUCUCGUGGAAGCCAAAGUGGAACUUAAUGCACUAAUGACAGAUGAUACGAUAUCAAAUGUGCCAAUUCUUGUUCUGGGAAAUAAGAUCGACCGACCAGAGGCUAUCAGUGAGGAGAAAUUGAGAGAAUUGUUCGGACUGUAUGGACAGACCACAGGAAAGAGCACAGUACCACUGAAGGAGCUGAACGCAAGACCAAUGGAGGUGUUUAUGUGCAGUGUGCUGAAAAGGCAAGGGUAUGGGGAAGGAUUUCGCUGGCUUUCUCAAUAUAUCGACUGAUAUAGCACAUCCAGAAUUACUACUUUGGACUGAUCUCAUUUGAAGUAUCUACAUAGACUUUUGUAUUAAUGAUACAGAAGGUUCUUUUCUAACCAUGUACUUGGUCUCCCAUAAAAAAAAAAAAUCCAGUCUCUCAGCUAAGGUUUUUAAGAAUGAUUGGUAUUUUUUAAGAACUUAUUGUAGAAAAAAAAACAUUGCUUCUUCUGCAGGUGAUGUAUCAAUGUAUGCAGUUAGCAGUAAGUUUUCCCAUUUUAAAGGCUGUUCAGCAGUAUGGAUUUUGAACAUUACGUAACUUUUAGGUUUACUGUACUAGUUCCACACUUAUCACAUGCACAAAAAAAGUACAUUAUGCAGAUUACCUGGCUGUGUUAAUAGUGUUGAUGGCACAUGUAAUUGUGCCUAUGCUUUGGGAGGAGACGUGGACUCAUGCUGUGCAGAGCUUUACCUCCAAAUCAGAUGACACAUCUCCAGAUCAUCACAAGUACUCGUAUGAGUCCUGAGUAACUGGGUAUCGUGUUACUGACUCCAUGCAUUGUGAAGUAUUUUUUUUUCCAUUUUCCUGCUAAGCAGAUACACUGACUUUGGAGAGAUUUGAGUCUAAACCCACUGAAUUAUUUUUAAAUGCCUUACUGUUACAUCUGAAACUUAUUUAUGGAUAAAUUACAACAUGUCUCUUCCUCUGGCUUGAAAAUCAUGAAGUACAGCAUUGCCAUCAUUGGAUUCUCACAAUUUGAGACGAACAUGCUAUAAAAUGGUCUAAAAUGAGAGUGAUUCCUUUAAACAAAAAUGUCUAGAGUUGUAAAAAUGGAUGUUUCUGGAAACUUGAAUGUCAUAAGACUUAUUCCUGUUGCUAGUAAUAUUUUUCCCUCUGGGGUUGCUUAUUUUGCAUCCUUAUGUUUGGUUGUUAAAAUGGGGUGUUUGUAACAAACUUAACAGAUGCUGGGUUAGUUUAUCCUCAUUUUUGAUCAUUAUAGAAAGCUUGUAAUCUGAAUGUUCAUUUGUAUGUUAUCUACCAUAUAGAUUCAACUACAACUUUCCAUUUUGUGAAAUGAAUAAGCAAAGAUUGUUCAUUUCACUUAGUAUCAUUUGCAGUCCUUUUUAAAUGACUUGGGUUGUGUGAUCCAGUAGGUAAAACCGUAAUAAGAGGAAAUUAAAUUUAGACGCAUCGUUACUUCAAUGCUAUGAAAUUCCCAGUUGUAAUCUAGCAGAAAAGAGACCUGGUUUGGUGACAUCCCAAUAUUUGGUUAACCACCGCUGCUGGGGUAGUAGGUUCUUUUAGUAGUUUAUUUUAAAAACUUUAACCUUGACAGCCCAUGGCAGUAUUUUUCCAGUAUGUCAUUUGAUAGUGUUACAGUAUCUUCUUGAGUUUGAUAUUUGUGGUUGCUUGGUGAAGUAUGUUGCUUCUAUACACUGGGCUUUUUGCCCAGCACUGGCUUUUCUUAUCAAAUCAGCUUAGCCAAGUCUGUAAGCCAUAUGGGACUGUAGGAUUUACAUUUCCAGUGCAAGUUGGUUACCUUUAAGGAGUGCAGUCUUUACCCAUUGUUUCCUGUCAAUUUAUAUGUUAUGUGUAUACUGUUUUCUUUGAUGGCCUGCCUCCCUCUUUACUUUUUAGCUUAAGUUUGUAAGAGUAGGUGUGAUCAGAGAUAAAUAGCUAUGCAGUAGAGAACAAAGGCUGCAGUCUUGUGACAUUUUAUACGGUUAUGUUAGCUUCAAAAGAGCACUUUAAUUGUAUUCUGAGUUUUGAGGUUGGAGAAAUGUGUAACUUUAACAUCUGAAAUGUGCUGAUUUUUUCUGAACAAACAUUUUGUAUUAACCAGUGGAGUAUGUAAUAUGUUGAUAGCCAGUUAAAAGUUGGCAGACACCUAACUGUGCUACCUACCACUGGAUUUGUGCUUUGUAUGUUUUGUGAAUGUUUACUUCCUAUGACACUUGAGUACUGUAUUUAUGUGAUUAGUAUCCGUCGCCUUGCGCAUCAUGAAUGAACUUGAAUGUUUAAAAGCCAAGCUAACCUUUUUCUUUGUCUUUAGCAUCUUCUGCAGGGUACAUAAACUGCAGAAGAAUUGGCAUUGUAGGGAGAAUGGGAAUGUAAACUUUUUUGUUGAGACUUUUGUUCUUGACGGAUACAUUCUGUGGUAAUUCCUCCACUUCUUUUUUUUUCUGUCCAGUUAAUGUCCUCUUAAAAAUGUUGGCAGUGUAUGAACUAGGACUGCAGUGAACAGAUGGCUUCCUAUGCUUUACAGUUUGCUAUAAUAGUGUUUACCUGUUCUUAUUGCAUUCUUCAGCAGCAAGACAGUAUACAUCCAUAAUUUACACCAAAGACCUUUUCAUUUACUGUUUGUAAGGGUUGACUUGAAAUGUAAUUAUAAAUUGUCACUGCCAUCAAACAUACACUCUCAUGAAAUGCCUCUUCUAGCUAGCACAGUUUACAAAGUUGGUGUUGAGGCUUAUUAACAGUAUGUUAGACUUGCAUUUUUUAGAUACUUUACAAGAACGUUUGAAAAACACCCCUAGUGUAUUAUAAUUGAAUCCAGAAGUAAAUAUAUUUGGUAGCCAAAGUUGUAUGUGGUUAAUAGAUCUUCUCAUGUGUGGUGUUGAAGCCAUUUGGUAGUUUAAAAUGUUGCAUUAAUAUCGGAGAUAGCUUUCUGUACAUUUAACUUCUCUGAAUUUUUUUAAUUUGCAAUUGCCGGUACUUAUGAUUUUUGACUGAACAUGGAUAUUGCCUUCUUAUGGGUCAGGUAGGCUGCAUUGUAUACUUAAUGAAUGUGACUAUCUCAUUAAUUGGUGACUCUAGCACUGGGGAAUGCAAGAAAAUAAACAGCUACUAUGUAUAGAUGAAAUUAAAUGGAGGCAGAGACUGAACUAACCCUGCUAAAUGAGGAUAGUCAGUCCUGCAUCUUUUUUGCUAUUGGUCAUAUAAACCCAUUUUGAGACCAGACUUUCUAAAACUGUAAUGUGGUGGUGCAGAUAUGUUAAUAUGGCAAUAUUAUCAGAAAAUUUGUUUUACUGCCCCCCCCCCCCCAAAAAAAAAUCCUUGAUAGUAUUUUUGCUUUACUGUCACAAAAGUAAUAGUAAAAAUUGCUUAAAGACGUGACAUUUUGAAAUGGAGAAAAAUUAGACAAUUGGUUUGAAUGCGAUAUUUGAAAUGAAAAAGAAUAUGUAUACAUUCAGAAUGUCUUAAUAUUACUAAGGGUGUGGAACAAUUGGAGUCAAAGUGUCCUUAAAAGAUUUGCCAACUUGUAAUGUGUUUGUGGAAUAUUUUGCCAAAUGUUCAUUACUGUAUAUUAGAUGGACGCUUGUUAGUUGCAUGUUUGUGUAGAACUCUAGUUUCUGCAUAUGGUAUAGUUGCAGUGUUUUCCUAAUCCUAACUCCGUCCUAUCUUCCAGCUUUUAUUUAUUUUUUUUUUAACAGAUCAUCUUAAAAUAUGGCUGAUUUAACUUUUCGGAUUAUUAUAGUAAGGGGAAAACCGUUAUAUGUUGUCUUUAUUACUGUGGAUCUCAGCAGUGCUUCUCUACACCAGUAUGUAGGUCAUGUUAGUGCAGUUAUAGAACCACUGCUGUGGUCUUGUUGAUUUCUCUUCUGUGAAAGCUUUUAAAGUUUCUUGAACACUGACUUUCACUUCUGUGAGAUACUUGCCUAUGGUUUCUUACUUAAUUUCAGUUCUUUAGAAGACAGGGUUGCUAGCAAUACUCCUACUGCAGAAUAGCUUUUAAGUUGUGCAAUAAUGUAUUUUUAAACAGUUGGGUGUAGUUUAAGAUGUGCACCUAGCACCAGCUUGAAUGACUUAAGGUACAUAUCAUCAACAUAUUUGCAGAGAUUUUGUUACUUGUGUGUACUGUUUCACUGAAGCUUGCCAAGUUUGUUUUUGAAAGAAUUCCCCACAGAAUAGUGAUGUUCUCUCCAAGAGAAUGGAGAAAUUCUGGAAAUACAGCUUUCUGCAGUACAUUUUGGUAAACUUCAUGCUGCACAGAACUUAAAUUGUGCUGCCUUUUUUGAGGUGUACAAGCAGUAGCAGUUUGUGUGCAUGGAACACUACAGAACAUGGUGAUUUUUUUUCACAUUAUUUCAGGUGCUGCUCACCUUGUAGAGGUUAAAGAAAAUGCCGAGAUUUACAUGAAUCUUGCCUGCUGUUUGGCAGUAUGUAACUUUUGGAUACAGCCUUUUUAGUAGGAUGUUAGACUGGUUAACACCAAGUUUUUUUAGUGUUCGAUUUGUAGAUAUACUCCUGAAAUGAAGAGCAAAUGCAUAGGUCAGAAAAUCCUAACAGUCCACAAACUUAUGUUUUAUUAAACAGUAUUGUUUGACAUGCUUUUUAUGGUGUGCUAAAGAUGGAUCUUUCCCCCUGCAGGGCUCUGUCCCGUGCCAAGUGCAACUUUAAACAUUUCUAGACUGAAAUGGCUACCCCAUUUAUCAACACAAGGGGUCUCCUGUCUUGGAAAACUGAAUGAAAGAAACCGGUACUUGUCCAUUACAAUUAGUCUUAGUCUGUGGAAAGGACUGUACUGCCAUAAGUUGUUGCAUUAUUUCCUAAAAAUAAAUAAAUCUGUUCUGCUUUAA